GGGCUAUGAACCUUUCUGGCAUAGCUCAGUGGCGCCACCUGGCGGACGUUUUAAAACUGCGGCGCACGAUGAAACCUGUGCAAAUCGAUAGGGGACACUUGUCUGAACAAAAAAGCUUUAAUGGACCUAUGCUCUAAAGUGUCACGUUUUCAAGAUAUCUUGCUUGAAAGUUACGAAAAGUGUCGUAUGGAUAAAUCGAUUUUACUCUUAGGUACCUAUAUACAAUCGUAAUAUAGUGACAAAGUGAUUGAUUAUACAAGAAAUAAUAUUAUUUAAUAUAAGUACAACAUAUUUAUCUUAUUGAUAAAGUGAAAUUAAUAAAUACUAAAUAAAUACUUGCAACAACAUUAUUGGUUUUUGCAUUUGCUACAUUAUAUAGAAAGUACAUAGGUACUUAACUGUGCAUACGUAUGAGUUUAUCAGUUUGUGUUAUGUACGAUAUACUUACGCUUCAUUUACUCCUUAACUUGAUUUUAUUUGACACAACGACGGGAUCUAAUGAAAUACAAAAUAAAAUUCUACACUUUUAUAAACGCAGUGCGCUUAGUGCAGCAUCAUUACUCGUUAAAAAGCAGAAUUCUCGAAGUUUAAGAAAUCUGUGUAACAGAAACAAAAUGGUGUACUUAUUAACUGCCAUUUUGCUUUCACGUUUAAUUCCAGGAACUGCGAAAAUGGAGGUCCUUUGUUUAAAGUUGCACGAAUUUCUAUUGUUUCGACGGAAUCAACAAGGAUAGCGAAUAGCCAUACAAUAAGUGUGAGUGAGACAACAUCAUAAAAUAAAUACAAUAGGACGAUUGGCAGCCGGGUGAACUUUCAGUCAGUUCGCCACUUUGAUCUUCAACGUGCGCACGCGCUUUUCUCUGUUCAUUCUGUUGUAUUUGUUACCACUGUUGAGUUUGUUAAUAUUCCUGUUGAGUUUGUAAGUGUUUUUGUUGACUUUGUUAGUGUUAUUGUUGAAUUUGUUGUUGUUAUCUUGGCCAGAUGUCCAGUCACGUUGGUGCCAGGCAAUGUUUUUUUUGUGGUGUAAGCACUGUUCGUGGCCCGCGCCGAAGACCUCGGCGUCCUAUACAGUCGUACUUGACAACUGAAGAUUAUAUUUCUAGGCACCCCAACAUCCUGAAUUAUGCUCGCCACUUAUUUGACGAUCGAGAGCUAACUACGCAAGACCGAAUAUGCAGACCGUGCCUACAACGCGCUGAUCGGUUUGCGGAUGCGCAAAGAAGAGUACAGGACCAGGAAGAAAUAGAAUUAGCGAUACAACAAGCAGCUACCGAGGAUUUCUUAGAUCCUUCAUCUGGUCAGUCAUCCAAAGAAAUGCAGAGAGAUCCAUUAGGAGAUAAUGCUGAGGAAGUUUUUCAAGAUAUUCCUCAAGCUUCGGUAACACCUCCACGAGUAGAAGAAUUACCACGGCAAGACAUUGAACAUGAAGCAUACCAGCUUGUGUCAGUCAUCACUGUGCCUGAUUUUGUACGAAUCCCUUAUAGUUCAACGAACUGCAUAGUAGCAGGCUGCAAUCACAGGGACAAUCUACACCGAGUGAACUUGACAAUCAGGCGAGAUAUUUUGUCUAAACAAAAUAUUUAUAUUCCUCGUGAUACUCGAAUUUGUGGAGAGCAUUUGGAAGAGGGCAUAUUAUUGAAUGAAUUAGCUUUGUAUUGUCGCCCCACACGAGACACCUUUAAAAGUGCGCAGAUAAGGGACAUGUUAAAGAUGUUACAAAGCAAAGACACGCCGUAGGUUACGACGAAUAGAUCUGAAAAGUCACUUCCAAAUCAAACUAUUGUCAUGAUAUUGUCGUAUCAGGAUAAGUCAAAACUUUUCAGGACAAUCUGUUUUCUCUAGCGCAAUCCACAAGCCGCGUGAAGCCUCACGCAGGACAUAACAAAGGACGAUGUUGUUCAAGACUUUUUGCCUGAAUCUGUUUAAUAACAAAACCGUACCACCAUAUCUCUGUCCGGACAAAAUCCUCAUUGGGUUUCCGGGAGUACCAUUUCUGCAUCACGGGAUAGAAUAACAUUAUUAACAUUAAGGCUAAAAUAAUUCCAGCAGCUGACUAUAUCAUCCCAUAUCUUCAGGAUGAGUUUGUAUAACCAGUUAUUAAUGUGUAGGCAUAUUACGCAGUUCAGAUGGUAUUUUUGAUGUGUUGGUAUUCGUCAUCCUUCUUAGCGCGGUAAAAAGUUCUUCAAAGGUCGGGGGUGACGCUAGAUCUUAAGCGGUUGGUAUUUGGUAGACUCCAAUGUACAACAAACAAGUCAGUGGUUGGGAUUUAAAACAAGCUUAAGGUCCCGUUGCAUUGAAGGCACAAUGGGGUGUGUCUAUACGAACUAGGUGUGUUCCAUACACUGCUGUAAAGUAGUCCUAAAAGCGAAUUUUCACAUCCCACCUGCUUUCACUGUGUUUAGACAUUUAAGCUGCUUUUCAUUGAAUAAACAUAAAAACUCUAAAAAUGUGUUAUAUUAAACACUAAUAUUCCAUGCAUAGUCACUAUAUUCCAAUUGCAUAUAAAAGUAAAAUGGAUUUGUUCAUACAACACUUUUCGGAACUUUCAAGCUAAAUAUCUUGAAAACGUGACGCUUUAGAGCAUAGGUUCAUUAAAGCUUUUUUGUGAAGAAAAGUACCCCCUAUCGAUAUGCACAGGUUUCAUCGUGCGCCGCAGUUUUAAAACGUCCACCAGGUGGCGCCACCAGGCUAUGCCAGCCUCCAUAGUAAAAUGUUCGAUGCC